AUGGCGCAGAUCCCUCAAGUGUGGCACACCCAGGAAGAGAAAGUGGAUCUGGAUAUAAUGGUGGCUGUUGGCAACCAACCCGAGUGCUCUAUCUGCUACAACACCUACGACAACGUUUUCAAGACGCCCAAGCUGCUGGACUGCACCCACACCUUCUGCCUCGAGUGUCUGUCACGCCUCAUGGCUAUUUCACUGGGAGAGCAGGAAGGAGGAGGCAGCAGCAAGAUCCUGUGUCCCUUCUGCCGCCACCCUACCCUCCUAACCAAGGAGGGUCCCCCGGCCCUGGCCACCAGCAGCGAGGUACUGUGUAAGCUGCCCAGCCACCAGCAGCACGAGGAGCCUGUGUGGCUGGACGGAGAGAAGCUGUGCUACAAGCGGGACCUGGAGGCCAGCCCCGGGGCCUCUAGCUCCACCUCGGCCUUCUGCAUCUGCAUCGACAUAGGGGCCAGCAAAGCAGGCGAGGUCCCAGCUCAGACACGCCCCCACAACAUGGGCGUUAUGAGGCGUCUGACCAGCUGGAAGCGGCUGCUGCUCUUCAUCGUGCUGAUGGUGCUGCUAGUGGUCAUCGUGCUGUGGCCCCUGCAGUGCAUCGUCACCACGGGCAACAUGCACUGCAUGCCGCGCUCUGUGGGCUCAAUACAAGGUUCCAUCACCACCACAGCUACCCCAUUGACCAGUUCCACAAAAUGA